AUGAGCGAAUCAUCAUCACCCACAACAGGUGCUGUUGUUCAAGAUGAUACAACGGAUGAUCAUCAUCUCAUUGAAAAUAAUUUUAAAAAAUUGUUAAAUAGUGGUUUAAUUGAGGAUGAAGAUGGCUCUCCCAAAAAACCUUUUCCUUUUGAAUUGUUAACGGAUGAUUUGAUGGAUAUGUAUGCCUAUUACAAACAAGCAACGAUCGGAGAUUGUCCUACCAACACAAAACCCUAUUGGUUUCAAUUUACUGAAAAGAUGAAAUGGGAAUCAUGGGUGCGAGUGAAAGGGAUGAACUCGAUUGAAGCUAAAAAGCAAUACUUGAUCAAAAUUUUGGAAAGCAUUGAGGAUGAGGAAAGUGAAGAAUUGAGUGAUGAAUGGAAAAAUUGGUUGAAAGAAGUGAAUAAUCCUGAAGAUCACACGAGAAAUUUGGAAACUGAUGAUGAUGUCAUUUCAUUUGCCUUGAUUAACAAAAUGAAUACUACUGCACUGGAAAAGAAGUCAGUGUCUUCAAGUGAUGAAAAUACACUGCCACAACCAGGUGAGGUGGAAGUAAUCAAAAUUGGUGAUCUUAAAACUAAAUGCGUUGAGCUAGAGCGAUAUUUGAUUAACGAAACGCAUACGUUACGAACAUUAUUCGAAGAAAAGCAAAAGAAAAUUGCAGAACUUGAAGAAUGUGUUAAAGAAUUACAGAAUCCAAAUUACUCGCUUGAAGAAAUUAGAGAAAUAAUUUUAUCCACCUGUAACUCAGACACCAAACAACUGGUGGAAAAUAUAGAUUCAAGUUACCAGUUGCUGAUAGCAGCAGUUGACAAGACAAAUGUAUGUUUUGUAAUUUUUGUUCAAUGA